AUGCGGCUUCAUCCGUGGUCGACCCUCUCCGUCUUCGGUGCGAUCGCAUCGUCGAUCCCCCUCUCGACCUCUCACGAACUCCAUCUACCCUAUCUCCCCUCGCUCAGUCCUAAACAGGAUUCCGACGCCUACCUGGCUCUCAAAUGGACCGUGACGAAUGGGUCCCUCUAUGCCAACAAUGACCAAAUCUUCCCGCCCACAGUAUCUAUGCAGGUUCAUGCGCCUCAAUAUAGAGGUCUAGCUAACGCCCGUGUCGGCGAGGAAGAUCUCGAAUUAUCUUAUUCUCUCCAUGCUCGGCCGCUCUCGUCCGAAGAAGCCGGGGCAACCUCCAAGAUUGUGCGCGUGCGCGUCGAUUUAAUGGAUCUCCAGGGAGAACCUGUCACUCCCAACGCCGUCGUGUUGGAUCUACUCGCUCAUCCCGAUGGCAGUCAGCGAAUUACGCGGAUUCGGAUGGAACCCGGCAGGGGUCAUCGUGAGGGCCACGAUCGGCCUUGGCAUAUGAAGUUCUGGCAGACGCAGAUGGCCGGAAUUAUCAACCACUCCAACAAACAAAAAGAGGACAAGCAGGCCUCGGCUCCCGUCCAGCCGUCUCAAAGCACCACCGAGGAAUCCACGCAAACACGUCCCAAUGAUGCCGCCCAAACGAACGACAACGAGGAAGUCACUCAGGUUGGAUUCAUCUUCUCUCCUUACUGGUCACCCUCGGCCUACUCCCACCGCGGCCAUGGCCAUGGCCACCGCCACGGACACCACCGUGACCGUACCUUUAUGCGCUUGGUUCGCCCGGUCAUUCUCCCUGCCGUCCUGGGUGCCGCCGCAGGUUUAGUCGCCUGUCUAGUAGGCUUCAUCAUCGGCCACCUGUUCAUGUCGCUCUCCGUCCGCCUCGGCCUCCGCAAGGACAAGAAACAACGACGAUCCAGCGCCGUCCACCUGGAAGACGGGACUCGCGGGGAGAAAUCUGUCCUGAUGGUUCCUGAGAUCUACGUGACAGAUUCAGAUUCGGACGCUUAG